GUAUCGGCACUUUCCUUCCGAUUUCCUCCGACUCCCCCCCCCCCAAAAGGGAUUAAAGGGAAAGAAAUCAAUUCGCUUUCACACCUGGAAAGUUUCAAAAAGAGGAAGAUACAAUAUUAUAAGAGUUAGCUCAGUUUCAUACAUACCCAGAUCGAUUUUCUAGGGUUCGUUUGAUUCUCUGUGAUUGCUACAAGCUAGAGAUCUCUGCUGGGUUUUUGUUCUAUGGCGGAUCGUGGAUCUUUCGGAUUUGCCCCUCAAUUAGAUAUUCAACAGUUGCUGUCAGAAGCACAACACAGGUGGCUGAGACCUGCUGAGAUUUGUGAGAUUCUUCGAAACUACCAGAAGUUUCAUAUUGCGUCAGAGCCUCCCAACCGACCACCCAGUGGUUCACUCUUUCUGUUUGAUAGGAAGGUGCUCAGAUAUUUUAGGAAAGAUGGGCACAACUGGAGGAAGAAGAAAGAUGGUAAAACGGUGAAAGAGGCUCACGAAAAGCUCAAGGUAGGAAGCAUUGAUGUAUUACAUUGUUACUAUGCACAUGGGGAAGACAAUGAGAAUUUCCAGAGGCGUUGCUACUGGAUACUUGAACAGGAACUGAUGCAUAUUGUUUUUGUCCACUACUUGGAGGUUAAGGGUAAUCGGAUAAGUUCUAGUGGAAUUAAAGAAACCAAUUCAAAUUCUCUGACUGGCUCCACUUCUGUGAACAUUGAUUCAACAGCAAACACAUCCAGCACAUUGUCACCACUAUGUGAAGAUGCUGAUUCUGGAAACCGAGAUGGUUGGAUUCAUGGGAAUAGAGUCAAAGAAAGCGACUCCCAAAGAUUAGUGGGUGUCCCAGCAUUAGAUGCUUCCUUUGAGAAUCCAUUGGCAAGAUACCAGAACCUACCUUAUAAUCCUCUGUUGACUCAGACAAAUCCUUCUAAUGCUGGAUUAAUGUCCGUGGAAGGGCAUCUCAGAAGCCCUCUUCAAAACCAAGUAAAUUGGCAGAUUCCAGUUCAGGACAGCUUGCCAUUGCAAAAAUGGCCCAUGGACUCCCAUGGUACUGACCUGGCCUUACAUGAGAAUUUUGGGACGUUUUCGAGUCUUAUCGGCAGUCAAAACCAGCAGCAGCAGCCUAUUGGGGGUAGUAGUUUUCAAGCUCCGUUUACAAGUGUUGAAGCAGCAUACAUACCUAAAUUUGGCCCUGAGGAUCUGCUAUACGAAGCAAGUGCUAACCAAACGCUACCUCUAAGGAAAUCACUGUUGAAGAAAGAGGAUAGUUUGAAAAAAGUUGACAGUUUCUCUCGGUGGGUUAGCAACGAGCUCGCCGAGAUGGAGGACUUGCAGAUGCAGUCUUCUUCCGGGGGUAUUGGGUGGACCUCUGUUGAAACUGCAGCUGCUGCGUCUUCCUUAAGCCCUUCCUUGUCCAAGGAUCAGCGCUUCACCAUGAUAGACUUUUGGCCCAAAUGGACUCAGACAGACACAGCAGUUGAGGUCAUGGUUAUUGGGACGUUUCUGUUGAGUCCUGAGGAAGUAACUAGCUACAGCUGGGCAUGCAUGUUUGGAGAAGUGGAGGUUCCUGCUGAGAUUCUAGUGGACGGUGUUCUUUGCUGUCAUGCUCCUCCUCAUGAAGUUGGUCAAGUCCCGUUCUACAUUACAUGUUCCGACAGAUUCUCUUGCAGCGAAGUACGAGAGUUUGAUUUCCUUCCUGGCUCUGCGAGAAAGCUAAACACUGCGGACAUUUACGGUGCCUAUACAAAUGAAGCAUCGCUUCAUGUUCGGUUUGAAAAUCUCCUGGCUCGCGUAUCUAGUGCUCAGGAACACAAUGUAUUUGAGGAUGUUGGGGAGAAACGAAGAAAAAUCAGUAGAAUCAUGUUGCUUAAAGAUGAAAAGGAGUCCUUCCUCACAUCGACAGUUGAGAAAGAUUUAACUGCGGUGGAAGCAAAGGAGCGACUUGUUAGGGAAGAGUUUGAAGAUAAAUUAUAUUUAUGGCUAAUCCACAAGGUGACUGAAGAGGGGAAGGGUCCAAAUAUACUUGAUGAAGAUGGACAGGGUGUCUUACACCUUGCUGCAGCGUUAGGGUAUGAUUGGGCUAUAAAGCCAAUUUUGGCAGCAGGAGUUAGCAUCAACUUCCGAGAUGCAAAUGGGUGGUCUGCUCUUCAUUGGGCUGCAUUCAGUGGCAGGGAGGAUACUGUUGCUCUACUUGUCUCUCUAGGUGCUGAUUCUGGAGCAGUAACAGACCCAUCUCCGGAGCUUCCUCUGGGCAAAACAGCUUCCGACUUGGCUUACGGAAACGGACACAGGGGAAUCUCAGGUUUCCUUGCAGAGUCUUCCCUCACCAGCUACCUCGAGAAGCUAACAGUGGACGGCAAGGAAGACAGCUCCACUGACUCCUCUAGAGCAAAAGCUGUUCAAACGGUAGCCGAGCGGACAGCUACUCCUAUGAGUUACGGUGAUGUACCUGAAACGCUGUCGAUGAAGGAUUCUCUCACUGCCGUCUUGAACGCGACGCAAGCGGCUGAUCGUCUUCAUCAAGUAUUUAGGAUGCAGUCGUUCCAGAGGAAACAGCUGUCUGAGAUUGGGGACAAGAACGAGUUUGGUUUGUCCGAUGAGUUGGCUGUUUCUUUUGCAGCUGGGAAGAGUAAGAAGGCGGGAGGACACAGUAGCGGCGCUGCUGUUCAUGCCGCUGCUGUUCAGAUUCAGAAAAAGUACCGUGGUUGGAAGAAGAGAAAGGAGUUUCUUUUGAUCCGACAAAGAAUCGUCAAGAUUCAGGCUCAUGUGAGAGGACAUCAAGUGAGGAAACAAUACAGAGCCAUUAUAUGGUCUGUAGGAUUACUCGAGAAGAUCAUCUUGCGGUGGAGACGCAAAGGUAGCGGCCUACGCGGUUUCAAACGCGAUGCAGUCACUAAGGCACCUGAGCCUGUAUGUGCUGCUCCGGCACAAGAAGAUGACUAUGACUUUCUCAAGGAAGGAAGGAAACAAACCGAGGAAAGGCUUCAAAAGGCUCUCACCAGAGUCAAGUCUAUGGCUCAGUAUCCAGAAGCACGUGCUCAGUACCGUAGGCUAUUGACUGUUGUCGAAGGCAUCCGCGAGAACGAGGCUUCUUCUAGCUCAGCUAUGAACAACAACAACAACAACACAGAGGAAGCUGCGAAUUACAACGAGGAAGAUGAUUUGAUCGACAUUGAUUCUCUUUUGGAUGAUGAUACUUUCAUGUCUCUUGCAUUUGAAUGAUGAUGAUCCACUCACUGUAUGAUGAUGAUCACAAUGCUUUUUUUUUUUCUAACUUCAUUUAGGUUUUGCAAUGUAAAUACAGCCGGAAGAUCUCUCUACAUAGUUGGAAGAAUGGUGGAUUUGAUUUAUUAGUUUGGGUAUAGAGACGUGUUCUUUUCAAGUUGUAUGUACCGUUAUGAGAAGCAUAUGGCUUGUGCAUAGGUUUCAGUGCGCAAUGCCUUUUGUACACAAACUGGUUUGGAUUUUUACAGUUUUACAUGGUGAUUGGUCUUUUUUUUUCUCUUA